AGGAGGAGGAGGGCUAGAGGCCGGGCCAGCGGAAUGCUACGUGUCUUGGAAGUCCCUUUUAAAACCCCCACCUCGUCUACUUCGAUGACCAGAAACAUAGGGAGGUUAAAGCUCGUCUCCCUCAUCCAGGCCUGCGUGUGAAGAGGUCCCAGUCCCGGUGUUCAGCAGUCCGUCGGAGGUGUUGCUACAGUCGCGCAGAAAUGUCCGGGUUGAAAAAGCUCCGUACGGAUCUCAACAGGUCGACCAAUGUGGUGUUUCAGGCCCACCAUGUCAGCCGCACCAAGAGAGGGCAGGUCGUGGGGUCCAGGGCCGGCUUCAGGGGUUGUACCAUCUGGCUGACCGGUUUGUCAGGUGCAGGAAAGACUACCAUCAGUUUUGCCCUGGAAGAGUUUCUUCUUUCCCAAGCUAUUCCCUGCUACUCGCUGGACGGAGACAACAUCCGCCAGGGCCUGAACAAGAACCUGGGCUUCUCUGCCGAAGACCGUGAAGAGAACAUCCGUCGUAUUGCCGAGGUGGCCAAACUGUUUGCCGACGCUGGCCUGGUGUGCGUCACCAGUUUCAUCUCACCUUUCGGAAAGGAUCGUGAUGAGGCCAGGAAGAUCCAUGCAAGUGCCGGGCUGCCGUUUUUUGAGGUGUUUAUUCACGCUUCUCUUGAGGUGUGUGAGAGCAGGGAUGUAAAAGGACUUUACAAGAAGGCUCGCGCUGGAGAGAUCAAAGGUUUCACUGGGAUUGACUCAAAUUACGAGCGUCCUGAGGCCCCGGAUCUUGUGUUGAAAACUGGAGAGCUCACGGUGAACGAGUGCCUCCAGCAGGUGUUGGAGCUGCUCAGGGAGCAGAACAUUGUACCGGGGGGGAUCAUGGAUGAGGUGAAUGAACUCUUUGUUACGGAAAACAAGCUGAAUCUUGCUGUGGCUGACGCAAACACGCUGCCCACCAUCAGCAUCACCAAGUUGGAUCUACAGUGGGUGCAGGUCUUGUCAGAAGGCUGGGCCAGCCCUCUGAAAGGCUUCAUGAGGGAGAGAGAGUUCCUGCAGGUCUUACACUUUGGCAACCUGCUGGAUGACGGGGCCAUCAACAUGUCUGUUCCCAUCGUCCUGCCCAUCAGCACCGAGGUUAAGCAGGAGCUGGACGGCUGUGCGGCCGUAGCUCUGGAGUACCAGGGUACACGUGUGGCUAUUCUCAGGAGCCCAGAGUUCUACCCGCAUCGCAAGGAGGAACGCUGUGCCAGACAGUGGGGCACCACCUGCCCACAGCACCCUUACAUUAAGAUGGUUAUGGAGGGAGGUGACUGGCUGGUAGGUGGUGAACUCGAGGUGCUGGAACGGAUCAAAUGGAACGAUGGACUUGACCAGUACCGCCUUACUCCACAGGAGCUCAAGCAGAAGGUCAAAGACAUGAAAGCAGAUGCGGUGUUCGCAUUCCAGCUGCGCAACCCGGUCCACAAUGGUCACGCCCUACUGAUGCAGGACACCAAGCGCCGUCUGCUGGAUCGCGCUUACAAGAACCCGGUCCUCCUGCUGCACCCGCUCGGCGGCUGGACCAAAGACGACGACGUGCCUCUGGACUGGCGGAUGAAGCAGCACGCUGCUGUCCUGGAAGAGGGCGUCCUCGACCCAGCAAGCACCAUUGUUGCCAUCUUCCCCUCUCCUAUGAUGUACGCUGGACCCACAGAGGUUCAGUGGCACUGUAGAGCCAGAAUGAUCGCCGGAGCAAACUUCUACAUAGUUGGCAGGGACCCUGCAGGCAUGCCUCACCCGGUGACUAAGCAGGACCUGUAUGAACCCACCCAUGGAAGCAAGGUCCUCACCAUGGCCCCCGGCCUCACCUCUGUGGAGAUCAUCCCCUUCAGGGUGGCUGCCUACAACAAGACUAAGAAGGCCAUGGACUUUUAUGACUCAGAGCGUCAUGCUGAGUUUGAGUUCAUCUCUGGAACCAAGAUGAGGAACAUGGCUCGAAGUGGAGAAAACCCUCCAGAUGGUUUCAUGGCCCCCAAGGCCUGGAAGGUUCUGGUCGAGUACUACACCUCUCUGCAGAAGGACAAGUAAUCAAAACGGCGCUUACCUCAAAAGUGGAAACCAUUGGUUCUGAAGGAGUAUUUAGAUAGAUUCUUAUUUUAUCUUAUACAAAAAAACUUAUUUAGAUUGCUAUAAAUAAUCAAUCAGUCUGACGGGGGUGAGGGUUACUACAUAUAGGAAUCACUUUUCUUAAGCAGUUUAAGCAUUAGAUUUUUUACAUUCCUGUAAAACAAAUAAAUCCAUUGUAAAUGCAUAUUAACUUAAGCUUUGUAUUUGAAUAAAUUAAAGGUAGAUUUAGAUUAUUAUUGUUUUUAUAUUUUAAUUUAGGUGCACAUUACAAUAUUGGGAAAUCAUUUGUGAUAUUUACAUGCAAUAUCUGAGGGAUGUAUGGCAAAAAAACACUUUUUAUAAUAUUUUAUGGCAAUUUUAUCACUGUCUGUCCAAUUAUGUAUGAUAUGAAUGAAAGUUACUUGCAGUUGUAUCACUACCUACAUUGCCCUUUUUUCACAUCUGGCCUCUGGGUGUUCAUUAACUCAUCCUGUUAAUGUUUCAUAUUAUCAUGAAAUGCAACAUAGGUGUUUUAUAAUGUGAAAGUGCCUUUCUCUCAAAUAUUAACAUUAUAAAACUGAAAUUGUUUAAAUUUCUUGCUGGUGUUUGCCUUGAAAUGUCAAAGUGCAAUUAUGUAAUUAAGACUUGCAGUUUUAGAAUGACAAAUGCAGUAAUAAAGAAGCUUCUUUGUCAU